AUGGUUCUGAAGUCCACAUCAGCUAGUGAUAACUCUGUUUAUCAGGUCUCGGGAACAAACUUCUCAAGAUCUCUACCCGACUGGGUUGCAAAAAAGAGAAAGCGGUCUUUGAAACACGAUUUAGAGUUUCAAAAUCGUGUGGAGCUAAUUCAGGACUUUGAGUUCAGCGAAGCCUCUAACAAGAUUAAGUGCACGCCAGAUGGACAAUUCGCGAUGGCUACAGGAACGUAUAAGCCUCAAAUCCACCUGUACGACUUCGCCAACCUGUCGCUAAAAUUUGAGAGACACACCGAUUCAGAAAACGUUGACUUUCUUAUUCUAUCCGACGACUGGACCAAGAGUGUCCACUUACAAAACGAUAGAAGCAUACAGUUUCAAAACAAAGGUGGUAUUCACUAUACUACAAGGAUACCAAAAUUCGGUAGAAGCCUGGCAUACAACAAAGCCAACUGUGAUCUUUACGUUGGUUCCAGUGGUGACGAGCUUUAUAGACUUAAUCUUGAGCAAGGAAGGUUUUUGAAUCCUUUGAAACUUGAGACGGAAGGUGUAAAUCACGUCUCGGUCAACGACACAAAUGGGCUAAUAGCAGUGGGCAUGGAAGAGAACGUAGUUGAGUUCUGGGACUCGCGUGCUCGCUCGAGGGUUGCGAAGUUAACACUAGAAAACAGCUUUGAUUCCUCACCAUUUCAAGUUACUGCCACAAGCUUUAGAAAUGAUGGUUUGAAUUUUGCAUGCGGGACAUCGACGGGCUACUCAUACUUAUAUGACUUGCGUGCUUCACAGCCAACUAUCGUCAAAGACCAAGGUUACGGAUUUGAAAUCAAGAAGAUUAUAUGGCUGGAUGACACAGGUGCUGAGGGUGGCAACAACAACAUUCUUACUAGCGACAAAAGAAUUGCCAAGAUUUGGGAUAGAACGGACGGUAAAGCAUACGCUUCUAUGGAGCCAAGUGUUGAUAUCAAUGAUGUAGAGCAUGUUCCUGGCACUGGUAUGUUUUUUACGGCAAACGAGGGUAUUCCAAUGCAUACAUAUUACAUCCCCAAUUUGGGGCCUGCCCCACAAUGGUGCUCGUUCUUGGACUCGAUAACCGAAGAGCUGGAAGAAAAACCAAGCGACUCCGUGUACUCGAAUUACAGGUUCAUUACUAGAGACGACGUGACGAAGCUAAGUCUGACACACUUGGUGGGUUCGAAAGUUCUCAGAGCGUAUAUGCAUGGUUACUUUAUCGAUAAUGAAUUGUAUGACAAGGUCUCUCUGAUAGCGAACCCCAACUCAUACAAAGACGAAAGAGACAGAGAAAUUAAGCGUCGCAUUGAAAAAGAAAGAGAGUCCAGAAUCCGUACCACUGGCGCUGUCAAGAAGCCUAAGGUCAAGAUCAACAAAGAAUUGGUGGACAAACUGUCACAGAAACGUGGUGACAAAGCAGCCGAUAACGUCCUUACCGACGAUCGUUUCAAAGAAAUGUUUGAGGAUGAAGAUUUCCAAGUUGAUGAGCAUGAUUACGAUUACAAGCAAUUGAAUCCUGUGAAGUCUGCAAGAGAAACCGAAGAAGGUGCAGCGAAGCGUAUCAGAGCACUCACGGCCGCCGAGGAGUCCGACGAGGAGAGAAUUGCCAUAAAAGAAGGCAGAGGUAGGUUCUCGGAUUCAGAGGAUGACGAAGCCAGCGACAGCGAAUCUGAGUCUGAGUCGCAGAAAAAUGCCAACGAAAUGAGCGAAAAAGACAAGAAACUGCUGGCGAAGAAGGUGGCCUCCUUACAGCGCCGGAAACAGGAGCGCGAGAAGGCUGCGCAAUUCAUGAACCAUAUGAGCGUAGGAGCUGAAGACAAAUUCGCACAGGAGACGCAAGAAACGGGAUUCGACAAGAAAGUCGCGGAAAUGCGUCAACAAGAAAAGCACCGCCAGGAUAAUUCGGCCGUGGUACGCCGCAACCACCAAGGAGAGGCCGAGUUCAGCUACAUGCCGUCCAAGCGCUUUUCUGCCCCCAAGAACAAAAAGAAGAGCGUUGCGUUUGAGAAUGAUGGCGACGACGACGAACAUGAGUCUGAGAGCUCUAACAAAAAGGACAGCGGUCGGUCUAGAGCCCGUGCGCAAGGUAGAAGGGCCAGUAAAAAUGUUUUCCGUGGUAUGUAG